ACAACUUCUCCAGCCGAUCGUUCCGCUUCCGUCCCCAAAUCACACACCUGAUUCCGCCCAUAGUUUCAGGGGGAGGGGGGAAAAAGAAACAAUAGCUCGACCCGAAUAGUUUGGGGCUCCCUUCAGAAUCAAUCCACACUAUCGCUUCCAAAAUCUCGUUGAUAACACCUCGCAAUUUUUUUUUAAAUUCCCUUCUGUCUCUUGUCUGGAGCUACUGUAUCAUAUCCGAUCCAUCGUUCCAGCCCAAAUCUUGCUCGCCUUCCCGCUCUUUUGAUUUUGAUCCCACUUUUACCCUCUCAAAUCCGCUACCCCCACUCCAAAAAUCUGAUCUUUCCGCCUCCAAAGCCCAGAUUUUUUUUUCUUGGGUUUGUGUCGUCAGCGGGGGCGCGAAACCUCUCAAGCUGGCGACCCCAGUGCGGCCAUGGACCUGCCCGAGAGCUCUGUAUCCCGCGCCGACGAGGGCCGGGCCCCUCGCCGUGUCGGCCCCGUCGACCGAGAGGAGCUGGUGCGCGUCAUCGAGCAGUCCCUCUACUCGCUCGGGUACCGCCGGGCGGCGGCCGCGCUCGAGGCGGAGUCCGGUGUGCCGCUGUACCCGCCGGACCACGGCAGCCUGCUGCUCGACGUGAUGGCCGGCCGGUGGGACGCGUGCGCGGAGACCGUCCGCGCGGUCGCCGGUGUUGGCGACGCCGACCGUGCGGUCGCGGAGUUCCUCUUGUGGAGGGCCCACUACCUCGAGCUGUUGGGGACUGGCGGCGAUGCCGGCCUGCGGCGUGCGAGGGAGGUGCUCCGGCGCCGAAUUGCGCCGCUCGGCGUUGACAGGAGGUGCGUGCACUGCCUGGCGUGCGCCAUGGUCUCGUGCGAUGGGGCUGUUGCUCCGGAUGCCGUGGUUGGGUGGAGGAUUGCGGUGUUCUUGGAUUUAGUUGAGGUGCUGCCACCAUGGUUCCAUGUGCCGAGCGGGCGGUUGGAGCAUUUGGUGGAGAGUGCAGUUACUAAGCAAGUAGCAUCGUGUAUAUAUCACAAUUUGCCAGAUGAGAUAACUCUGUUUCAAGAUCACAAGUGCCAUGAACAGCAUAUCCCUUCCAAGUGUGCACAGAUAUUAUGUGGUCAUAAUAAUGAAGUUUGGUUUGUAAGGUUCUCUAAUAAUGGAGACUACCUGGCAUCAUCGUCAAGUGAUUGCACCGCCAUAAUUUGGAAGGUGGAAAAGGAUGAUACAUUGACCAAGAAGCACUGCCUACAAGGUCACCAGAAACCAAUUUCCUUUGUUGCCUGGAGCCCAAAUGAUCGAAUGCUGCUCACUUGUGGUACUGGUGAAUCUUUGAAACUGUGGAAUGUCGAUACUGGUGAAUGCAAUCUUAAAUUUGGAGGUUCAGUGGACUACAUCAUCAGUUCAUGUGCAUGGUUUCCUAAUUCAGAGAAAAUAGUAUGUGCCAGCUCUGGGCCUGGAAGUUCACCAAAUAGGAUCUUCACUUGUGACCUAGAAGGUCGAGAGCUGGAAGUAUGGGCUGGAGAUAGAAUACCUAAAGUCAGUGACCUUGCUGUGACGCCUGAUGGCCAGCACCUAAUCUUUGUAUCUUGUAACGAUAUCUGGAUUCGAGAACUUCCAAAGGGGCGGGAAUGGAGAUUUCGUGAGAAGCAGGCAAUUUCAUCCCUUUCUCUUUCAGGUGAUGGACAGUCGCUCAUUGUCAACCUUAACAGCCAGGAAAUUCAUUUGUGGAAAAUUAAUGAAAAAACUACUAUGCCUGAAAAGUUCAAGGGGCACAAGCAAGAGAAGUUUGUGAUUAGGUCUUGCUUUGGGGGUUCAAAUUCCUUGUUCAUUGCUAGUGGCAGUGAGGAUUCACAGGUCUACAUUUGGAAAAGGCACCUGGAAACGCCGAUAAAGGUCUUGCAUGGCCACACGAUGAUUGUGAAUUGUGUAAGCUGGAAUCCUGCUAGGCCCCAUAUGCUGGCUUCUGCUAGUGAUGACCGCACAGUUCGAAUAUGGCUAGCAUGCAAGACGGGAAGCACAUGUAGUUGAAGUGUGAAAUUUUGUAUGUUCGUGUAAAUAGUUGUACAUUUAGACUGAUUGCACAAAUCUGUCCGGGAUUACUUUUUUUUCCCUUGCUAAAGAGCUCGUAGCUGCGUUGAGAGUUCAGAAAUAAAACAUCCAAAGCCAGAAGUAGCUGUGUUCCAUGUGUUUGCCUGGCUACCCGGUGAGUUUUGAUACUUUUGUACAGGACACAGAUGCAUCAGAACUUUGUAGUACAUUUUAUUGGACUAUACUGUUUAAAAGUGCUGAGAUAUGCCUUCAGUCGGUGUGGAUUCA